GCCGCCGGAGGACUCCGGGACGACGCCGAGGCCGAACUUUUAGGUCCCGCUGAGCGAGGCCCGCGGGCCGCGAGGGGGGCUGGCCGCGGCGCUCCCGCGGAGGAUGGAUGGCCGAGACUUCGGGCCCCCGCGGUCCGUGCACGGCCCCCCGCCGCUGCUGUCCGGCCUGGCCAUGGACAGCCACCGCGUGGGCGCGGCCACAGCCGGACGCUUGCCCGCCUCGGGCUUGCCGGGCCCGCUGCCGCCCGGGAAGUACAUGGCCGGCCUCAACCUGCACCCGCACCCGGGCGAGGCCUUCUUGGGCAGCUUUGUGGCCAGCGGGAUGGCUCCCUCAGCGUCGUCCCAUGGGAGCCCGGUGCCCCUGCCCUCUGACCUCUCCUUCCGCUCCCCCACCCCCAGCAACCUGCCCAUGGUGCAGCUAUGGGCCGCCCAUGCCCAUGAAGGCUUUUCCCACCUGCCCAGCGGGUUGUACCCAUCCUACCUCCACCUGAACCACCUGGAGUCCCCCAGCAGCGGGAGCCCCCUCCUCAGCCAGCUGGGCCAGCCCAGCAUUUUCGAUACCCAGAAAGACGGCUUCUACCUGCCCGCUCCGGGGGGGCCGGGCGCCCUGCACUCCCACGCGCCCUCCAGGACUCCAGGCGGCCACUCCUCAGGCGCCCCGCCCAAAAGCUCAUCGCGGGAAGGCCCAGCCAAGGAGCGAGCAGGCCGCGGCGGGGAGCCGCCCCCCCUGUUCGGCAAGAAGGACCCUCGGGCCCGGGAAGAGGCGGCGGGCCCGCGGGGAGUGGUGGACCUCACGCAGGAGGCCCGCGCGGAGGGCCGCCAGGACCGCGGGCCCCCGCGCCUGGCCGACCGCCUGUCGCCGUUUCUGGCGGACCACAGAGUCCAAGGGCAAAACCCCCUGCAGACGCCGGCCCUGAACCUCUGCAACGGCGGCGCCCCCGAGCCGGGCCCCGCCGAGCCGGGCCGCGGCCUCAAGGAGGUGGCGCGCCAGGAGGAGAGCGCGCGGCUGCGGCGCGCGGAGGCCCUGCUGCCCGGGCCGUGCCCCUGCCCCUCGCCGCUGCCGCCGCUGCCCCCGGGCAAGGGGCCGCCCGCGCUCCCCGCCGCCUCGGCCGGGGCUUUCGCCGCCCCGCAGCCGGCCGGCGUCUACACCAUCUUCCCGGCGGCGGGCCGGGAGCCGGGGCGGGAGCACCGCGUGGUGGCGCCCACCUUCGUGCCUUCGGUGGAGGCCUUCGACGAGCGCCCGGGGCCCAUCCAGAUCGCGUCGCAGGCCCGAGAUGCGCGCGCCCGGGAGCGCGAGGCGGGCAGGCCCGGCGUCCUGCAGGCGCCCCCUGGGUCCCCGCGGCCACCCCCGGACCGGCCCGAGGGGCUCCGCGAGAAGAACUCGGUGAUCCGCUCGCUCAAAAGGCCGCAGCCCGCCGAGGCCCCGCCGGCAAGGGCGGCGCGCGCCUCCCCGGACCCCCGGGCCUACCUCCCCACCAAAGAGCUGCUCAAGCCCGAGGUGGAGCCCAGGCCGUGCGAGCGCGCGCCCCGCGGGCCUGCCGCCAGCUCCCAGCAGUCCGCCAAGCUCUUCGGCCUGGAGCCCGGGCGGCCCGGCCCUGAACACAAGUGGAAACCUUUUGAGCUGGGCAACUUCGCCACCACGCAGAUGGCCGUGCUGGCCGCCCAGCACCACCACGCCAGCCGAGCCGAGGAGGAGGCAGCCGCGGUCUCCAAAAAGGCCUACCUGGACCCCGGGGGGGCUGUGCCCCGAGCCUCGGCUGCCUGCGCCCGACCUGGAGCAGACAUACACCCUGCGGCCCACGGGCCCGGGGAGGCCUCGGCCAUGCAGAGCCUCAUCAAGUACAGUGGUAGCUUCACCCGGGAGGCUGUGGCCGUGCGUCCCGGUGGCUGCGGCAAGAAGAGCCCCUUUGGAGGCCUGGGCACCAUGAAACCGGAGCCUGUCCCCACCGCCACCAGUGCCCCUCGGGCCCAGGCCCGGCUCCCACAUCCUGCAGGCCCAGCAGCAGGCGGGGGCCGGCAACUGAAGCGGGACCCUGAGAGGCCUGAGAGCGCCAAGACCUUUGGACGCGAGGGUUCUGGUGCCCAGGGUGAGGCAGAGGUGCGGCACCCGCCUGUGGGCAUUGCGGUGGCCGUGGCCCGGCAGAAGGACAGUGGUGGCAAUGGCCGGCUGGGGCCUGGGCUGGCAGACCAGGAGCGCUCCCUGUCCCUGAGCACCGUCAAAGGGCAUGGACGAGCUGAUGAGGACUGUGGGGAUGAGAGGGCGAGGCACCGGGAGGACCGGCUGCUGGGAGCACGGCUGGACCGGGACCAGGAGAAGCUACUCAGAGAAAGUAAGGAGCUGGCUGACCUCGCCCGUCUGCACCCUAGCAGCUGUGCUGCCAAUGGCCUGAACCCCAACCUUAUGGUGACCGGGGGCCCAGCGCUGGCGGGUUCGGGUCGCUGGUCUGCUGACCCUGCUGCCCACCUGGCCACUCACCCCUGGCUUCCCCGCUCCGGCAGCACAUCCAUGUGGCUCACUGGCCACCCCUAUGGCCUGGGCCACCCCUCUCUGCACCAGGGCAUGGCUCCUGCUUUCCCACCUGGCUUGGGGGGCUCCCUGCCAUCAGCCUACCAGUUCGUCAGGGACCCCCAGUCGGGCCAGCUAGUGGUCAUUCCCAGCGAUCACCUGCCUCACUUUGCGGAGCUGAUGGAACGGGCUGCCGUGCCGCCACUCUGGCCUGCCCUGUACCCACCAGGCCGCAGCCCCCUGCACCAUGCCCAGCAGCUGCAGCUCUUCUCCCAGCAGCACUUUCUGCGCCAGCAGGAGUUCCUGUACCUGCAGCAGCAGGCAGCCCAGGCCCUGGAGCUGCAGAGGAGCGCCCAGCUGGUGCAGGAGCGGCUGAAGGCCCAGGAGCACCGAGCUGAGAUGGAGGAGAAGGCCAGCAAGCGGGGCCUGGAGGCCACAAGCAAGGCUGGUUUGGCUGCUGCCGGCCCUGGACUUCUGCCUCGGAAGCCCCCUGGCCUGUCCACUGGCCCUGUGGGCGCCUAUGGCAAGGCUGUGAGCCCCCCGCCAUCUCCUCGAGCUUCCCCUGUGACUGCCCUGAAGGCCAAGGUCAUCCAGAAGUUGGAGGAUGUGACCAAGCCGCCCACCUAUGCCUAUCCUGCCACGCCUAGUUCCCAUCCCUCCAGUCCGCCACCUGCCUCUCCACCACCCACCCCUGGAAUUGCCCGCAAGGAGGAGGCACCUGAGAAUGUUGUGGAGAAGAAGGAAUUAGAGAAGGAAGCCCCCACCCCCUUCCAGGCCCUGUUCUCCGAUAUCACCCCCCGGUACUCGUUUCAAGCCCUGCCGCCACACUAUGGGAGACCGUACCCGUUCCUGCUGCAGCCCACAGCAGCUGCUGAUGCCGAUGGCCUGGCCCCUGAUGUGCCGCUGCAGGCUGAUGGACCUGAGCGCCUGGCGCUUUCUCCUGAAGACAAACCCCUCCGCUUGUCCCCCUCCAAAAUCCCCGAGCCAGUGCGGGAGGGCCCAGAUGAAGAGCCUCUGCCUGAACGGGAGGUGAAGGCGGAGGUGGAAGACAUGGACGAAGGCCCUUCGGAGCUGCCUUCCCACGAGUCGCCACUGCCACUGCCUCCCGAGGAAGCUCUGGCAGCGCCAAGCCCCGUGGGCAGCUGUGGAGGUGGGCUGCUGGAGGCCCAGGCACUGAGCGCCAGCCAGAGGGGUACAGAACCCUCCGGGUGCUCGGACUUCGUUGAGGGACCUGAGGCACAGGUUGAUUCUCCGGGCCGGACAGAAUCCUGUGUGGUGGCCCCGGACCUAGGGGGGCAACUGACGCCGGAGACACUGGUUGAGGCUAAGGAGGAGCCCGUGGAGGUGCCCGUGGCUGUGCCUGUGCCCCUGCCUGAGGCUGUGCCUGAGGAAGGCCUGGCUCAGGCGACCCCGAGCGAGCCCCGGCCCAGCCUCGAAAUGACAGACUGUGAUGUGUCUGCCGAGGACGCGGAGUGUCUCAGCUUGGAGGCCCAGGAGGCCACACCUGUGCCCAGCAGCACCUGCUUCCUGGAAGACGCGGUCACUGACCAGUUCCUGCCUGGCCUGGAGGACCCGCUGGCUGGUAUGAAUGCUCUGGCGGCGGCUGCGGAGCUGCCCCAGGCCAGGCCUCUGUCCUCCCCGGGCACUGGAGCCCAAGCCCUGGAGAAGCUGGGGACUGCGCAGAGCCUGGCCCUGGAGCAGAGCUUCCUGCAUGGCAUCACCCUGCUGAGUGAGAUUGCGGAGCUGGAGCUGGAGAAGAGGAGCCAGGAGGUGGGAGGUGCGGAGAGGGGCCUGGUGGUGCGGCCCUCGCUGGAGAGCCUGCUGGCGGCCAGCAGCCACAUGCUGAAGGAGGUACUGGACAGCCCCUUUGUGGAUCCGCUCAAGAACCUGCGGCUUCCACGGGAGCUAAACCCCAAUAAGAAGUACAGUUGGAUGCAGAAGAAGGAGGAGCGGAUGUAUGCCAUGAAGUCCUCCUUGGAGAACAUGGAUGCCAUGGAGCUGGACUUCCGGAUGAGGCUGGCAGAGGUCCAGCGGCAGUACAAGGAGAAGCAGCGGGAGCUGGUGAAGCUGCAGAGGCGCCGCGAUUCCGAGGACAGGCGCGAGGAACCCCAUAGAAGCUUGGCACGCAGAGGCCCUGGCAGGCCGAGGAAACGGACCCACGCCCUGAGCGCCCUGUCGCCCCCCCGCAAGAGAGGGAAGAGCCGCAACAGUAGCGGAAAGCUGAGCAGCAAGCCUCUGCUGACAUCCGAUGACUACGAGCUGGGAGGAGGGAUGAGAAAGAGACACAAGGGGUCUGAGGAGGAACAUGAUGCCCUCGCUGGAACAGGCAAAGCUAGAGGGAGGAACCAGCCUUGGGAGGAACAUGAAGCCUCCUCGGACUUCAUGAGUCAGCUCAAGAUUAAGAAGAAGAAGAUGGCCAGUGACCAGGAGCAGCUGGCAAGCAAGUUGGACAAGGCCCUCUCCCUCACAAAGCAGGACAAGCUGAAGUCACCUUUCAAAUUUUCGGACACUUCUGGGGGGAAAUCAAAAACGAGCGGGGGCUGCGGCAGGUACUUGACGCCCUACGACAGCCUGCUGGGCAAGGACAGGAAGGCGCUGGCCAAAGGCCUCAGCCUGUCUCUGAAAACCUCCAGAGAAGGUAAACACAAAAGGGCCGCCAAAGUCAGGAAGAUGGAGGUGGGCCUCAAGGCCAGAGGCCAGCCCAAGCCGGCCCACUCCCCGUUCGCCUCGGAAGUGAGCAGCUACUCCUACAAUACGGACUCAGAGGAAGAUGAAGAAUUCCUGAAGGACGAGUGGUCUGCCCAAGGCCCCUCCAGCUCCAAACUGACGUCCUCCCUCCUGUGUGGCAUGGUGGCAAAGAACAGCAAGCCAGCUGGAGGCCCCAAGCUGACCAAGAGGGGCCUGGCGGCUGCCCGGACUCUGAAACCUAAGCCGGCCGCCAGCAGGAAGCAGCCAUUUUGUUUGCUGCUCCAAGAGGUCGAGGCCCGUUCCUCCUUCAGUGAUUCUUCGGAGGACUCGUUUGACCAAGAUGAGAGCUCCGAGGAGGACGAGGAGGAUGAGCUUGAGGAGGACCAGGACGAGGCUGCUGGCGGCUAUAGGCCGGGCGCCCGGGAGCGGGCCCUGUCGCCAGGCCUGGAGGAGAGCGGGCUGGGCCUCCUGGCCCGCUUUGCAGCCAGUGCCCUCCCCAGCCCCACAGUGGGGCCGUCCCUGUCUGUGGUGCAGCUGGAGGCCAAGCAGAAGGCCCGGAAAAAGGAGGAGCGGCAGAGCCUGAUGGGCACAGAGUUUGAAUUCACUGACUCCGACAGCGAGUUCAAAGUUCGGAAGCGGUCGCCCGCUGGCCUGCUCCGGCCUAAGAAGGGGCUGGGGGAGCCAGGUCCCUCUCUGGCUGUGCCUGCGCCCGGCGCUCGGGGCCCGGGCCCCAGCAGCCCUGAGAAGGUAAAACUGGCAGCAGAGAAGGGGCGUAAGGCCCGCAAACUGCGGGGCCCCAAGGAGCCGGGCUUUGAGGCUGGACCUGAGGCCAGCGACGACGACCUGUGGACCCGGAGGCGCAGCGAGCGCAUCUUCCUGCACGACGCCACGGCCGCUGCCCCCGCGCCCAGCAGCACCACGCCGGUGGCUGCCAAGCCCAGCCGCUGUGGCAAGGGCGGCCCACUGAGCCCACGCAAGGACGCCGGCCGCACCAGAGACAGGAAGGACCCUAGGAAGAAGAAGAAGGGGAAGGAGGUGGGAUCCGGAGCUGCGCUGCCGCCCCGCGUUCCUGCCCUGCCCCCUGAGGCCCGGGCCCCACACACCAGCUCCCCAGCCACCACUGCCAAGAGGAGCAAGGCCAAGGCCAAAGGGAAGGAGGUGAAGAAGGAGAACCGGGGGAAGGGGGGCGCUGUGAGCAAGCUGAUGGAGAGCAUGGCUGCUGAGGAGGACUUUGAACCCAACCAGGAUUCGAGCUUCUCCGAGGACGAGCACCUGCCCCGUGGUGGGGCUGUGGAGCGGCCACUAACUCCAGCCCCACGCUCCUGCAUCAUCGACAAGGACGAGCUGAAGGACGGCCUGCGUGUGCUCAUCCCCAUGGAUGACAAGCUGCUGUACGCUGGGCACGUGCAGACGGUGCACUCGCCGGACAUAUAUCGUGUGGUGGUGGAAGGUGAACGUGGGAAUCGGCCCCACAUCUACUGUCUGGAGCAGCUGCUGCAGGAGGCGAUCAUCGACGUGAGGCCGGCCUCCACUCGCUUCCUGCCGCAGGGGACCAGGAUCGCCGCCUACUGGAGCCAGCAGUACCGCUGCCUCUACCCCGGCACCGUGGUCCGAGGGCUGCUGGGCCUGGAGGACGACGGGGACCUGAUCACCGUGGAGUUUGACGAUGGGGACACGGGGAGGAUUCCUCUCUCUCACAUCCGCCUCCUGCCUCCCGACUACAAGAUCCAGUGUGCUGAGCCAUCCCCGGCGCUCCUGGUGCCGAGUGCCAAGCGCCGCAGCCGGAAGACCAGCAAGGACACUGGGGAAGGCAAAGACGGAGGCACCCCGGGGUCAGAGGAGCCCAGCGCCAAGGCGCGAGGACGUGGCCGGAAACCCAGUGCCAAGGCCAAGGGUGAUAGAGCUGCUGUCCUGGAGGAAGGGGGCUCAACAGAUGAGGUUCCUAGCGCCCCAUUACCUCUGGAGCCAAUCAGCACCCCAAGUUCCAAGAAGACUCCCCCAGAAUCCGUGGACAAGCGGGCCAAAGCUCCCAAAGCACGCCCAGCACCCCCACAGCCCAGCGCAGUGCCAUGCACCUUCACCAGCUGCCCAGGUCCUGAGUCCUUUGGGGAGCUGCCGGCCCCCUCUGCGGCCCUGGCCCCAGCCCCACUCGUCACCAUGCCCAUCACCAUACCGGCCACCCGGCCCAAGCCCAAGAAGGCCCGGGCUGCUGAGGAGUCGGCCGCCAAGGGUGCCCGGAGGCCAGGGGAGGAGGCCGAGCUGCUUGUCAAGCUGGACCACGAGGGUGUCACGUCGCCGAAGAGCAAGAAGGCCAAAGAGGCCCUGCUUCUGCGGGAGGACCCCGGGGCGGGGGGCUGGCAGGAGCCCAAGGGCCUCCUGGGCCUGGGCAGCUACCCGGCGGCAGUGGGCAGCAGUGAGCCCAAGGCGGCCCGGCCCAAGGCCGGGGAUGGCGACCCAGCCCAGGAGCCCGGCCUGGGACUCACGUUCGAGGACUCGGGGAACCCCAAGAGCCCGGACAAGGGCCAGGCCGAGCAGGACGGGGCCGAGGAGUCCGAGAGCAGCGGCAGCAGCAGCAGCAGCAGCGACAGCGGCAGCAGCAGCAGCAGCUCAGAGACAGAGGGGGAGGAGGAGGCCCGGGGCGGCGGCGGCCGCAACUGCAGCGCGUCCAGCUCCAGGGCUUCCUCCUCCUCCUCGUCCUCGUCCUCGUCCUCGUCCUCGUCCUCCUCGUCCUCGUCCUCCUCGUCCUCGUCCUCCUCGUCCUCCUCGUCCUCCUCCUCGUCUUCCUCCUCUUCGUCCUCCUCGUCCUCCUCCUCCUCCUCCUCCUCCUCGUCCUCCUCCUCCUCCUCCUCCACCACAGACGACUCUUCCUGCAGCUCAGACGACGAGGCCGCCCCCACCCCCGCGGCCGGCCCCUCGGCCCCGCCAGCCCUCCCCAGCAAGGCCCCCAAGCCGGCCCCCAAGGCUCGCUCCUCCGCGCACUCCCCUGGCAAGAAGGCCCCGGCGCCCCAGGCGCCCCCGCCGCAGCCCCCACAGCCUCUGCAGCCCAAGGCCCAGGUGGGCGCCGGGGCCAAGACCCGGCCCAAGAAGAGGGAGGGUGUCCACCUCCCCACCACCAAGGAGCUGGCCAAGAGGCAGCGCCUGCCGUCCGUGGAGAACCGGCCCAAGAUCGCCGCCUUCCUGCCUGCCCGGCAGCUCUGGAAGUGGUUCGGCAAACCCACGCAGCGCCGUGGCAUGAAGGGCAAGGCCCGUAAGCUCUUCUACAAGGCCAUCGUGCGCGGCAAGGAGAUGAUCCGCAUCGGGGACUGCGCCGUCUUCCUGUCGGCCGGCCGGCCCAACCUGCCCUACAUUGGCCGCAUCCAGAGCAUGUGGGAGUCGUGGGGCAGCAACAUGGUGGUCCGCGUCAAAUGGUUCUACCACCCUGAGGAGACCAGCCCGGGCAAGCGCCUGCACGAGGGCCAGCUCUGGGACCAGAAGUCCGGCCGCAGCCUCCCUGCAGCCCUGCGGGUCUCCAGCCAGAGAAAGGACUUCAUGGAGCGUGCCCUGUACCAGUCCUCGCACGUGGACGAGAAUGACGUGCAGACAGUGUCGCACAAGUGCCUGGUGGUGGGCCUGGAGCAGUACGAGCAGAUGCUCAAGACCAAGAAGUACCAGGACAGCGAGGGCCUGUACUACCUCGCGGGCACCUAUGAGCCCACCACAGGCAUGAUCUUCUCCACCGAUGGUGUGCCUGUGCUCUGCUGAGCGCCCCGUGCCCUGCCGGCGCCCCACCAGCUGCCUUGCGCCCUGAGGGCCAACAGAGGCCCCUCACCAUCACUGCCACGGCUGGGGGCCACGUGCGUUGGUUGUGUGCAUGCAAGUGUGCUCGUGGAUGCCCUGGCGCAUGAGUGAGUGUGUACAUGUGUGUGCCCGUAUGCAUGCACGUGUGUACACACAUGUGCACAUGUCUCCAGUCCCCCUCUAAACCCCUCAGUGCCCCCCGAGACAGGGGCUCCUCUCAGCUAUCAGGGUAUGGCUCUGCCCGGCCCCCUCAGAGGCCUCCCUCCAGCACCUUGUAAGCACUUGGUCAGGUCAGCCCCCACCCCUGGACCAGCACCCCCAGGCUGAUGCCGACGGGGGGUUUGGUGGGAAGGGUUUCUGAGGAACCAAACAGAGGCUCACCCUGGGAUUCCCACCACUAUGGGUCCUCCCAGGGGGCCCAGUGCCUGGCCCCCCUCAGCACAGAGCCCACCUCAAGCCUCCUGUAAUGAGGGUGGUUCAAUGCCCACCCGCUGCACCAACCAGGUUUGCCCUGGGCACCUGCCAGGGGUCUGGCCUCCGCCCUCUCAGGAUGGCCUGGACUUGGGGACAGACCAGGUGAGGGUGGAACCCCGAGAGCUGGGCAGGUGGAGGGGCUCUGUGCCCUGAGGCCCCAGCAAGGGCUUGCCCUGCCUGGCCCAAACCCUCACACUACAGAUUCCCCUAUGGUGCUGAAUCCUCACCGGCCACACGCAGACGCCCGCCCGCCCGCCUGGGCGAGGCCAUUGGCCGCCAGGAGGGGCAGUUCUUAACCUGUACAGUUUUAUUGUACCAAGAGACUCUUCCCCUGUAUCAUACGCCUUUAAAUGGAGUCAACUUUUUAAUUAUAUAUAUAAAGAUAAAUAUAUAUAAAUAUAUAUAAAUAUAAACUUUUUAAAACUGUGAAAAAUAGCUAUGAAACUAUAAAAAAAAGCGAACACAUUCUGACGUGCAGAAUAUUAUUUUUUAUUUCCUGUUAGAUUGUGAGUGUCUAGCACCCAGCUUCACAGCCCUCCCUGUCCCAAGCACACCCCGCCCCUGGCCCAGGUGUACUGUACUCGCCCCCAGCGCGAGGAGAGGGAGGAGAGCAGAGGCUGAGGGCGCAGGCCGGUCUGCGGCCCAGCCGGCCCACGAAAGCACUUACCAGCCCCCGCCGUUCUGGGGAUGGAGCCCUCGUCCAGACAAUCUUAAGGGAAGGAAAAGCCAGACUUUGGUUUUGUUUUUUGGGGGAGUUAUUGUUUUCCUUUUUUUUUUUUUAAGUUUCUUUUGGAAUUUUGUUUGUUGGCAAAUUCUGUGUGAUUUUUCAUAAAAAAAAGAAAAGAAAAGAAAAAGUUAUAAUUGGAAAAGCACUGUUGUCUGGAGUGGUUUUUUCGCGGGCUGGGUGGUCUUGGUCCUGGUCACAGCCCCUCCCGGCGGGCUGGCAUUUCAGGGUCUGGGAGGUA